CGUAUGUAUACCGAGAAGUUACGCUCAUUAAGGCCUUAUGUUGAAAGUUUACGAGCACGUGCACAGCAGUGUCGACUGGAAGGCAAUGAAAUUGCUGCAAGUAAAUUUGAUACAAUGUGCAACGUUCUUGAUGGCAAAUCACUGGUAUCAUUUGAAUAUCUUUUGCAAAUAGAAGCAUGGAUAUACAAAAAGCAACAGUUUCUGCAAGCUUCAUUGAAUGCUGGAACAUUACAACCACAGCCACUGGUGGAUGCAGUAAAUGCGGUUUUAUUAAAUAGCGAAACACAGGUUGGAUACGGUGAUCGUGCACAAACGAAUACUGGUGCACCAUCCGCAGUACACUGGUCGUUGCCAUCUAGUCGAUCACAACAACAACAGCAAGCAUCACCCCAAAUGUUACCUACUAUGGUAUCAUCAUCAGUCCCAGUAGCUCUUUGUCCAGCGCGAAAUAGUCUGAUGCAGUCAUCAAUGCCGUUGCAAACAACUAGUGGUCAACAGGUUGCACGACAUUCAGUAGAGCAUACUUAUCAACGACAUUCACCCUAUCCAAAUCCAAAUGUCGGACUACGUUCCGGCACACAAGCUCAGUCAGUGGUGCUACAUCAUGGUUUAUCCAGGCAGCAAGCAACAGCAGUGACAGCAACGUUACCACCAUUCUCAGAAGCAAAUUGUGCAUCAACAACCGAUUGCGGAGGAGUUGAAGAUCUCUAUGUAAUGGACGAUUUCUUGCCAACUCCUAUAGAAGCAGUACCGAGUAGCACAUCAUCACAGGUAGAAGGUCAAUUGCCGGAGGCAGUACGUCAAGAAUUGCUAGCAUUUGGAGAUCGUUUUUUAGCUGAAUCUAAUACCGAACAAAUAACUGAUUCACAUUCUGUUAUUGUUAAAUUUUCAUUAACCUCACAUAAUGUGCCACCGCUGCAGUUAAUUAUACCGAAAACAUAUCCUAAUGGUGAAGUCCUGGUGGGUCGUGCUGCUCUAGAUUUAGAUUCGUUUUUCUUCGAUGAUUUGCAAAAUGUAAUACAUGAACGUUUAGCUCGACCAGGUCUGCGAACGGUGACAGAUUUCCUUGAAACUUGGGAAUCAACAGUACGUGGUUAUUAUUUGGGACAGCAGCAGCAGUCACUGUUGCCCAAUUCAUUUGAUGACAUAUUACAAAAUACAAAUUUCAGUGAUUUCUUAUCAUGA